AUGCAGAGAGAACUCCGCUAUUUGCUAAUCGGGGUGAGAAGCAGCAAGUUGUUGAGCCAGUUGAUCGGAGCUCCAGGAGUGAAAAGACUGAAGAGUCCUUCAAUGACACUAAAAGGUUAUGUGCCUGUUUGUGUUGAUGUAGAUGGUUACACGAAGCGUUUUAUAGUUCAUACUACAUUACUCCGCCAUACAGAGUUCUUGGAGUUGUUGUAUAAGUCAGCGGAGGAAUAUGACUUUUGCAACGAUGGGGUCUUGAGGAUUCCAUGUGAAGCCAAGGAUUUUGAGGGGUAUUGGAUGACCAAAAUGUCCAAACCCAAGAUUUAUAAGGUUGAACCGGUUCGACUAGUCUGCUGUUAG